UGUUCUCCUUCCACAGAACGCGCAGGACUUCAUUGGGUUCGCGACACUACCAGAGCAGGUGCACAGGAAGAGUGUAAAGCGGGGGUUCGACUUCACUCUCAUGGUGGUAGGCGAGUCUGGUCUGGGAAAGUCCACACUCAUCAACAGCCUCUUCCUCACCGACCUCUACAAGGAAAGAAAAAUACCCACGGGCGAGUCCCUAGUGGAGAAGACCGUGUCCAUAGAAAAGAAGACUAUUGAGAUAGAGGAGCGAGGCGUGAAGCUGCGUCUCACAGUCGUCGAUACUCCAGGGUUCGGGGACGCUGUCAACUGCGAGGAAGGGUGGAAGUCGGUGGAGCGCUACGUGGACGAGCAGUUCAACAAGUUCUUCCAGGACGAGUCUGGCCUCAACCGCAAGAAUAUACAAGACCACAGAGUUCACUGCUGCCUCUACUUCGUCCCUCCCUACGGCCACGGGUUGAGGCAGAUGGAUGUAGAGUUCAUGAGACGACUCCAUAGGAAGGUGAACAUCGUGCCUGUUAUAGCCAAGUCUGACACACUUACUAAACCUGAGAUCAACAAGCUCAAAACUAACAUUCUCAAUGACAUCGAAAACAACAAAAUCAAGAUUUAUCAGUUCCCUGAAUGUGAUUCAGAUGAAGAUGAGGACUUCAAACAACAAGAUCGAGAGCUUAAGGCAUCUAUUCCUUUUGCUGUAAUUGGGUCCAACUGUGUAAUUGAAGUAGCAGGAAAGAAGAUGCGGGGGCGACAGUAUCCAUGGGGUAUUGUAGAAGUUGAGAAUUCUGCCCACUGUGACUUUGUGAAGCUACGUACAAUGUUGAUCUCAACACACAUGCAAGACAUGAAAGAGGUAACACAAGAUAUCCACUAUGAAAACUUCCGUGCACAAUGCAUUUCUCAAAUGCAGCAGGUGGCACUGAAGGAGAGGAACAAGCUCAAGAGAGAGAGUGCUGCAAACUUCGACCAAGUGGGAGAUGCAGACAAACUACUUCAACAGAAAGAUGAAGAGAUCCGGCGUAUGCAGGAGAUGCUGAGUCAAAUGCAAGAAAAACUAAAGGAGUCUGGCAAGGACCCUGCUGCAGCCCUUUCCCUGGAACCUGGUAAACGAGACUCCGUGGUCAACGUGUGACAUCACCACUGUGCUGUAUCACUCUAUCACAUCAUUUGUUUCAUGUGGUGUUUCAGUCAAGUGUUCAUACAUUAUCAAUGUGUGUUUGUAACAAUACCACCUUCCCUAGUUUGUGACAUCAAAACUUCACCUGUGUGUGGAAGUACUGUGAACUGUGUGUGUAAAGUAUUCCUCAUGUGUGCCAUUCUAUGUGUCACUGAUGCCUGUUGUUUAAGACGAUAUGCAUCAUUACGUGUAACAUCUCCCUGCUUGGCAUAAUACUGUAUACACAAAACUAACACUGUAAUGGCACAUAAAGAGCUAUAACAAGUUUUCAUUGAUAAAAUGAAAUACUGUAUCUAGAAUUUUGACUGACUGUCAUAAUGAAGACAUCUAUGCGUGUAUGCCACUUCACUUUUGUUAUAAAAAGAAGAAAAAUAA